UUGCAUUUUGAGAUGUCUUGCUCGGAGUCUGAGGAAGAAUUUUUCAGUUCAAUAAAGAAGAAAAGAAAAAUUAGCACCAGAAGUACUACUAAUGCUAUAAGUAGUGAUGAGGAAGAUUCUAUGGAACCACAGACUCCGAAGAUUUCGUGCGCUCCGCGUUCUUCGCACACAAGAAGCUCAGAGAGACUGAGAAACAAGAAGCAGUUUGUUAUGCCAAAGAAGGAAGAUGUGUUUAGGGACAUUCCAUCAUCAGAGAAGGUCAAAGCCAGAACACCAUCAAAAUGUGUCAAUGACUUCACAAGAGUGACAAACAGAUAUAAUGCUGAUCGUUAUGAGACAUUUGAAGAUGAUAAUUAUGACAGUGAUGAUAUUGACGACUUCAUCAAUGAUGAAGAAGAGAGUGAUGAAGAUUCAGAAGAUGAAAAACCUCACCCCAGUCGAAUUAAAGGUUACAGAAGAAGACUGGUACCAAAGGCCAGUGAUUCUGAAUCAGAGGAGAGUGGAUCUUGCCAGCCUCUUGAUAGCGAAACUGAUACGGAGGACAAACCAGUAAAAAACACGGCAAAGGCAGAUAAUACAUCCAGGUCAAAUUCACCAGUAAGUGGUGUAAAACUGAAGAAAAGCAAGUAUAAAUCUAAUGUUAUAGAAUCCAGUGAUUCAGAUACAGAGUUGGAAGAGAAUUCUGAAAUCACUGCAGUGGAAGAAAGGGUUAAUGAUCAAAGCUCAGCGGAAAAUUCAAACAACAGUGAGGCUCUCCAUUGUGUAACACACUUAGAGGACAGAGAAAGUUCCGUCGCAAAUAAUGUGCAGACUGACUCGGGUACAGAAAUUAUCAUAACUGAAAGCGAUGAAGAGCUUUAUUUAUGUUGUGCCUCAGUGGAUGAUAAACAAACAGGUAUUAUAAUCUCAGAUAAAUCUAGUGAAAAUGAAAGUAGUUCUGGUUGUGAAAGUGAAACAGAUUCUUCAUCAGAAAGUGAAACAGAAGAGGAAGUUUGUAAAGAAGACAGAGCUUAUCGGCAAAGAAAACAAAAACUCCAAAAGUUUGAAGAAUUUAAAGAACAGAGGAGAAAAAGAAAAUUGUCAAAGUAGAAUUUACUUAAAUCGGUACUCAAAGUUAACAAGAUUCAAGAUUCAUUAUUUCUUGUAUGUCACCACUAGUAUUGAAAUACAUGUAUCCAAAUACAUGUUGGACAGUUUCUUUAAUAUCUGAAAAUAUUUACUGUAUAAAAUGUGUUCAAAAAAUAUUCACCCAGAUCAAAUCUAUUCCUUUUGUGAUUUGUAUUAAUGUAUAUAAUGAUUUAUGAAAUUUAAUGUUUAAUGUACAGAAAAUGAAUUUUUGUUAUGCAAUGCAUGCUGAUUGUUUAUUUUCAUAUUGGUUUUUUUUAUACAUU